AUACUUUAAUGGGUAGUAAUGGAAAUUAAUUAAAAUUUGGGUCCAUUUUUUUAAUUUAAUUUAUUUAUAUUUUUCACUUUGAUACGUUCAUCAUCAUGGUCACAUUCACAACACAACCCAAAGACAUCAAAUUGGGACGUUCUUCCCAGGAAGGUCCAAAAAGUCAGUGCAGCGAAAACGGACGAUCCGAAGAAUACCCUUUUCAUUUCUCAUCACAAUAAUCUUCUUCUUCUUUGAUCAAUACAGAUUUAAAGGAAAAUCUGAUAGUAGUGAAGAAAGGUUGAAACUUUUUAUCUCAACACAAGUGAUUAUGGCGGUUGCUGAUAAUGUUGGUGCCAAAAUCGGUUCUUCCAGUCAGAAUUUGGACAACAACAACGUUGUGUCAUCGGACUCAACUGAGGUGGAGAAAUCAAAACCGAGAAGCGAUCAGGAUGUGAACAACAACGGUGUGUUCAAUCAUCAACACCAAGACAGUUUUUCCAAUGGUAAUUUCAGCUUCAAGGCUCAUCAAAUAGGUCAGAUGCAUUCUAAUGGGGUUCAGAACCAGCACUUGGUUGUGAACAAUGAUGGGUAUGUGAUGAAUGGUGUUAUAAAUGGAGAGAACGGGGGCGAAAGUUUCAAGCGUGAAAUGAGGGAUUUGGAAGAAUUGUUGUCGAAGUUGAAUCCCAUGGCUGAGGAAUUUGUGCCUCCGUCGCUAUCAAAUAAUCUCAGCUACUUAACUGGACCUGCUGCUGGGUUUGGUUACCCUAACAAUUUUAUAGUUUUCAAUAAUUUUGCUGAUGCUAACGGCCAAACUAACCGAAGGAGGAAGAAUGGCUACACUAAUGGGAAGAGAAGAGUGAAUCAUAAAGUAGAUAUGGAGAAAAGAGAAGAGAUGAUUAGGAGGACUGUUUAUGUGUCUGACAUUGAUCAACUGGUGACUGAAGAACAGCUGGCAGCUCUCUUUCUUAAUUGUGGUCAGGUUGUUGAUUGCCGUGUAUGUGGGGAUCCUAAUUCUAUUCUCCGAUUUGCUUUCAUUGAGUUUACAGAUGAAGAGAGUGCUAGGGCUGCUAUAAACCUGUCUGGAACUAUGCUUGGAUAUUAUCCAUUGAGAGUGCUGCCUUCCAAAACUGCCAUUGCACCUGUCAAUCCAACAUUUUUGCCUAGGUCUGAAGAUGAAAGGGAGAUGUGCUCAAGAACAAUUUACUGCACAAACAUUGACAAGAAGCUCACUCAAGCAGAUGUGAAGCACUUCUUUGAAUCUAUUUGUGGAGAGGUCCAACGUCUGAGGCUUCUUGGGGAUUACCAUCAUUCUACUCGAAUUGCAUUUGUUGAGUUCACAGUGGCUGAGAGUGCAAUUGCAGCCCUAAGCUGUAGUGGUGUGAUUUUGGGUUCGCUGCCUAUAAGGGUAAGUCCAUCGAAGACACCAGUUCGUGCUCGUUCUCCUCGCAGUCCAUGAACUGAAUCAACUGUCAUUGCUUCUGGGGUUUAACUGCUGCUACAUAUAUAUACGUACAUAGAAACAUAUAUAUAUUCCAAAGUACCCGUGGCGUUUAGUUGAUACUUUUGUCCUCGAAUCCGCACUAUGGUAUCUUUGUUUCCCCUUGGGGUAAUGGUUUCUUCGUUUAGCUUAUAGAGAUGAUGGUACUUCGAGGAUCUUCCUUAAUUUAUGAUGCACAAUGUGAUGUUUUGAUCUUGCUGUGCCAGAAUUUUAUGGUUGGAUGUUGUUAUCUGGAGUUUUUAUUUGAAGAAACAUUUUACCAAAGCCUUCUUUUUA